CUGGGCCAGCAGAGAAGAGGAGGAGGAAGAGCGGGGAGCGAGGCGGCCCCGGGGUGCCUCCCGCCCAGCCCAGCCCGCUGCAGCCGAGGCAACUAACAUCAGCUCUGAGAGGCUCCUGAGCCCGCCGCCGCCGGGGAACCCGGGACCCCCACGCCCCGCCUAUUCUGCGUUGGGGGAGGGGACCGCGAGGCGCCACCAGUAGCGUGGGGCGGCGUGGGGCCGAGAGCUCGCUCACGCGUGGGGCCCCGGCCAGGGAAGGGCGGUUCAGGGGGCGUGGUCUUCGGGGGCGUGGUCUCUGCCGCCCGGGCCCCGCCUGCCCCCUCCCCUCCCUCCGCGGCCCCGCCCGCGUGCAACAGUUUCCCCAAAGUUGCGGCCCCGGCGGCUGCCAGGGCUAGGUUGGGCAGGGCUCGUGGGCAGCGGGCAGCCCAGGGCGGGAUCUGCGGCCCGGCUGGUGGCCCCGAGUCGUUGGGUAGAGCCCGAGAAGAGCGGAGCCGAGAGGCCGAGAAGGAGGAGGAGAAGGGGGAGGAGGAGGAGGAGCGGCAGCAGCGCUGAGCCGAGCCCGGGGAUGGAGCAGCCGCCGGCGGCCCGGCGCUGAGGCGCGCCACAGGCAUGGGCACCCGGCAGACCAAGGGCAGCCUGGCCGAGAGCCCUGGCGCGCCCCCCGCCGCCGCCGCUACGGCCACGGCCGCUCCCCGCCGCCGGAGCUCGGCCCGCGAGCGGGGCGACUUGUGGGCGGCGCUGCUGCUGCGCUCCGGGGACAAGGCGGCCCGCGCUGGGGCCGGGGCCGGCCUGCCCCCCUACCACCGGCGGGUGGGUAUGAUCCAGGAGCUGCUGGCGCUCGUGCGCCAGGGCCGCCAGGACGAGGCCGGCGAGCUGCUCCGCAACCUGCGCCAGGACUUGGGCAUGGAGUCGACAUCCCUGGAUGACGUCCUCUACCGCUAUGCCAGCUUUCGGAACCUGGUGGACCCCAUCACGCACGACCUCAUCAUCAGCCUGGCCCGAUACGUGCACUGCCCCAAGCCAGUAGGUUACAUUGUCUCUUAGGGUGGCUAAAUUGUGUGUGGGGGGGAGGAAUGGGGUAGUUUGGGUUUUUCUUUUCACUCCUGAUGGAAGAUGGAACCCAUCUGGUAUACCCAAGGAGAAUGAUAGGACCAGAGCUCUAGAGCUGAAAGGGGCCCUGGAGGCCAUCUUGUCCAACCUCUUCCCAUUUUAUAGAUGAAGAAACUGAGGCCCAGAGACUUCAAAUGACUUAUAGGGCCACAGGUGUAGAGCUGGAAGGACCCCCAUUUGCCAUAUUGUCCAAUCCCUUCAUUUUACAGAUGAGGAACCUGACGACACUUAUUGAGGGAGGGAGGGAGCCAGGGAUGUGGGGUACGUUGACACAGAGAAGCCUGGCUGAGAAAUCUGUACCCCUUCCAGCUGUCCUAAGGCUUAGAGCCUGGGGAAGAGAGCCGACCAUUUCCCAGACAAGAACUGUGGGAAGUUGAGGGUUCAAAGACGUGGAUGGGGUACAGCUUAGGCCGGCAGCUAAGUCUCAAAACAUUUCCCAGCUUCUGGAAAUAGCCUUUGCCUGCUGGGAGGUUCCAAAAGUUUUAGGGCCUGAAAGAGAAGCAGAGGGAAGACAUCUGCCCUUUUCCCUUGUGGCUGCUGGGGACUGCUCUGGACUCUUUGUCUCCAUCUCAGCAGUCCCUCGUCACCAGUGGGGAGUCCUCUCCGCCAAAGAGACGGUGACUGGGGAGGAUGGAGGGAAGCCAUGGAACUGGGGACUGGACUUGCCCUGAUAAAGUGGGCUUUGUUUUCCCAGCUCUGAGGAGGCGCUGUGCUUGGCGAGUUGGGCUCCCUCCUCUGAAGAUUUCCCAGCCCCCUUUCUCCUUUACCCUUCUCUUCCAGAAGGGAAUUGCCCACAGCCACCAAAAGAAGCAGCUCCUCUUCGGGGAGAGGAGGAAUGUCAAUACAAAUGGGUCCCUAUGUUCUCGUUGGGGUAGGGGAAGCAUGCUGGCCUUGGAGCCAGAGAACCUGGCGUCUGCUCCCAGAUUUGCUGUUUUGAUCUUGAGCAAUUACUUAUCUUCUCUGGGCCUCAGUUUCCUGAUUGGGCAUUUAUUUUGCUGCUUGUUUUUAAUUAUUUUCCCAUGGUUCCAUGGUUCAUGUUCUUUCUCUCCCCUCUGCCUCCCCUCCACCCCUCCUGGAGCUGACAAGCAAUUCCUCAGUUUCUUCAUUAGUAAAAAAGGUUACAAGGCUUCUGAGGUGUUUUCCAGUUCUAAGCCUUUGGUCCUAGAAAUUUCUAAAUGAUUCUCUCCGGGCCUCAUUGGCCUCCUUUGUAGAUGAAGGGAUGGGGCAGCUAGGUGGCUCAGUAGAUAGAGCUCCAGGCCUGGAAUUGGGAGGACCUGAGUUCAAAUGUGGACCUUAGGCACCUUAUUUUGUGACCCUGAAUAAAUCACUUAAUCCUUUUUGCUUGGCCCUUGUCCUUCUGUCUUAAAGUUGUUACUAAGAUGGAAAACAAGAGAUUAAAAAAAAAGUAAAUGAAGGGCUUGAAAACUUAAAAAAACAAGCCAACAAGAAAAUAAAUAAAUAAGCAGAGGGAUGGAUGAAUGAGUGAAUAAAUGAAUAAAUACAUAAAUAGAGGGGUUGGCGGAAAGGACCUCAGAGAUUCCUUCUAGUCUUAAUCUUGGAGGGAUCCUGGGAUCCCUAGGUUGUCACUGAUAUACCAGUUUAGCCCUAGAGAAUAUAGAAUGAAAGAACCUAUCCAUCAUUGGGGGCAGCUGGCUGACUGGCUGGCUCAGUGGAUUGAGAGCCAGGCCCAGAGAUGAGAGGUCCUGGGUUCCAAUUUGACCUCAGACACUUCCUAGCUGUGUGACCCUGGACCAGUCACUUAACCCUCAUUGCUUAGCCCUUACUGCUCUUCUAUUUUAGAACCAAUACACAUGAUUGCUUCUAAAAUGGAAGGUGAAGUUUAAAAAAAACAACCACCUAUCCAUAAUCAAUUAACCAGUCACUCAGCAAGCACUAGAUAAGGUCCUACCCUGUCUCAGCCUCUCUGCUACUGCUGGGGAUACAAAGUUGAAAGGCAAGCAGCCCCAUAGGAAAAUGACUAUAUGCAGAAUAUGGCUUACUCCUACCCUGGGCACUUGUGUCCAGAUGCCCAGGCCCCAGAAAGAGGGCUGUCCCUCAAGCCACCACUGUGUUCUCCACAUGCUCCUCUGGCAGAAGGCAAGGUUUUCCUUUUCCCAUGAAAGCAGGAAAUGGCCCCUCCAGAGGACACUGGAGCUGAUCAGAAGCUUUCCCAGAGAACAAUUGGUGGCUCUGUCAAGAGAGAGCCCAGCCUGGAGAUGGGAGAUCCUGGGUUCAAAUUUGGUCUCAGAAAUUUUCUAGCUAUAUGACCCUGGGUAAGUCACUUAACCCCAAUUGCCUAGCCCUUAUCACUCUUCAGUCUUAGAACCAGUACAUUUGGUUCUAAGUAUUAGAACAGUAUAUAAGGUAAGGGUUAAAAACAAAAAAGGGGGGCCUUCCCAUAGACUUCUUUCCUGUUCUCUGUCCUAAGCAACAAGGGGAAAAUUAUCUUAGCUUGGUCAUGGGACUAAAGGCAGGGGAUCCUCAAUACCCAUAGUUCCCAGCUACCAUAAUCCUAAAUGUAAGGGGAGGGAGGGAGACAGAGAGAGACAGACAGACAGAGACAGACAGAGAGGGAGAGACAGAGAGAGGAAGAGAGAGAGACAGAAAGAGAGAGAAGAAGAGAGACAGACAGGGACAGAAAGAGACAAAGAGAGAGACAAAGAGACAGAAAGAGAGAGAGGGAGAGAGACAGAGAGAGAGAGAGGAAGAGAGAGAAAGAGUGAGAGAGACAGAGAGAGAGAGGAGACAGAGACAGAGAGAGAGAGACAGAAACAGAGAGAGAGAGACAGAAAGGGAGAGAGGGAGAGAGACAGAGAGAGAGAGGGAGAGAGAGACAAAGAGGGAGAGAGACAGAGAGAGAG